GAUUCCUGUCGCCAUCCCUGGGACUGAAGUUCUCCGAUGUGCCCAACGGCCUGGCUGCCAUCGCCAAGGUGCCUGGUGCGGGCUGGGCUCAGAUCGUGGCCUUCGCCGGCUACUACGAGCUCUUCGUGUACAAGUUCAACGGAACUCCAGGUGACUACGGCUGGAAGCUCAUCACUGCCAGCGAGCCGGAGGCUCUCAAGAAGAAGUUGAGCGCAGAGAUUGCCAACGGACGGCUGGCGAUGAUGGCGAUCAUUGGCAUGUUCUUCCAGGACGGACUCACAGGCUCCGCCUGGGGCGACUGGGCCAACUACACUGACUCCCCUCUGCGCGCCUUCGAGGAUCAGCCGGGAGUGCAGCCACCUGUGGGCUUCUGGGAUCCCCUCGGCCUCUCUGCCAGCGGAAACGUUUCG